GUUUGUUUGUUUGGUUGGUUGGUUGGUUGUUUUUUUUUUUUCCUGUGACAGGAGAAACGUGUCCUGCGAGACAAAAUAUUACAAGAUAUUUUUGAGUGAAAAUGUUCAACUUUGAGACACUAACAGACCGCAUUGCGAGGGCGAGUCUGCAAAGGCGACAAAACAAUGAGGCGGAGAGAAAAGAGCGGAUUUUCAACGAUAAAGUGAGGACUAUCGGGGUGAGUUAACCGAGGAUCUCUAACCAGUGGAUUUUAACGUUUAAUUCUGGAGUUUGAAGGAUUACACUAUGACAAAAUAAACUGUCAAAUAAGUGAAAAUACAUUCAAUUGAGACUGGGUUGUCAUGAAAAUCAAAUUAGAGAAUAAAAACAACUCUUAGCCGAUUAGUUAUGACGCCAUUGAAGCCAAAACAAUAUAUGCAUUUAACUAUAACAACCUGACCAUGAAUCUGGAUUUUUGGUCCUAGAAGACUAUUUUUCUAAAAACUGGUCAUGAAAGGGGAAGAUCAUAAUCAGAGUGGUCUCACACCCAUGUAGUUCUCCUUUUUCCUGUGACAGUUAGAUACUAUGCCAUUUUUUAUUUAGUCAUUUAUGUGUUAAGAUCCACAGAUGAUCUCAACUCAUAGCCUACUCUAGGUAGAAGAGCUCAAAGAAACAGAAAAAAGCCUGCAUUUUCCCCAACACCCAUAGACAAGAUUAGUCAUCUCAGUAAUCUCAAAAUAAUAGGAACAAUUAAUAAGUUCACUGCAAAAAAGGACUUUCAAGAAAGGACAACAGCCUUGUAUUAAGGAAAUAAGUCCUAUUUUUUGUACAAAAAGAAUAUUAAUCUUGUCAAGCAAGUCUUGCAUUAGAAAAAUUAUCUAAUUUUAAGAGAAAAUGUAGAAAAAAAGGAUGAUUAAGGCAAGUGUGAGAGCAAAUGUCUAACCACUGUGCUGUGAAAAAACAUUUAGCUCGACUUGGAAGUCCUGGAAUCACAAAUAAAAGAGAAGAAGAAACUAGAAGAGGCUGCAAAAGAGGAACAAAAUGCUUAUGGUGAGUUUGUUCAGAGUUGUCACUUGUUAACCCAAAUUAUCUUCACAAAAAUAUACUAAGAUCAAAUGUAAAACUUACAGCUUUACUAGACAUUGAGACUAAAAACUGUUGUUUGUCUGGGUUUUAAUAAUGAUUAGCACACCUAAUAUGUUUUUUGUUUUUUUUUCAAUAGUUUACAUAGCAUCUCAACCUUUUUGGAAUCAGGGUGGUGUUUGUGUGAAAUAAAAUAAACACAAAUAAAUAUAAUGCAUAAGAACAGUCAUGGUUGUAAUUUGUGUGUUUUUGAUUUGUUCUUUAUCUAGAUGCUGAAAUGCUCCAUAGCAGCAAAGUGGCUAGCCUCCUUCAUAACAGGCAAGUAAAGGAGAAGCGUGCAAUGGAAAAAGACAUUGUUAAUUACCGGCAUCAGUUCCAGCAGCCCUGUAGUAAGCGGGAGUUUGACCUGAACAACCCAGACAAAAGAAAAACAGAGCUAAGUGAGGUACAGGCCAUGCUCCCUGGCCUGGCAGGUGAGGAUCCGGACAGUGAGAGCAGACGGCAGAGACAGAAAGAGCAGCUCAGAGGUUGGCUGAUGCAGCAGCAGAGUGAGCGUGAAUCAGAGAGGCAUCAACAACAGCUGGAAGGUAGAUACCACACAGGACAAAGAUCUCUCACUCACACACAACUCAAGCUUAAAUUUUUUUGUUUUUUUUGUCCUGUGUCCUUCAGAGCUGCGCUGCUACCAAAACAGAAUAGAAAUGGAGAAUAGAGCUCUGGAGCUGGAAAGCCUCAACACUGAGAGGAGAAAAGCUGCAGCUGUGGCCACAAAAGAGUUCAACCUGUCAAUGGUAAGACAUUUGGUAUUCCCUCAGACUGUCAGGUGAAGGUGGUGUAACUGACUUUGAUCUAGCUCUAUAUAAAUGUAUAGCUCAAAUGUAUAGCUAAGAAAUCAAAGAGAAAGUGUUUCUUGAGCUAAACUCUUUGGUGCAUUAACAACAUGUUCAAUCAGCCUUCUCUUAUUUUACUGUAUCUGAAUGUGUAAAGGUUGCAGAGAAGGAACGCCGUCAGGUAACCCACCAGACAGGGGAAGGCACCUCACCUGUGGAAAGCAUGGUGGGUGUGCCUGGUUUUUACCCUGACAGUGAACAUAAAGUCCCUGCAGAGAGCCCACAACAGGUCAUCCAGUUCCAGAAAAACCAAGUUGAGGAGAAAAAGGUAAAACAAGAAAAACCAACACUGGAAAUUCUGCCUUCAAAAUGUAUUUAUGCGCUGUAUCUGUGUAUCUGUAGAAGAUAGAACGGCAGAAAAAACAAGAGGAGGAGCUACUUGAUCGUGUCCGUCUGGAUUCAGCUCGUGCAGCGAUGUUGCUUGAGAGGCAGCAGGCCAGACUGAACAAGCAGCUGAGACAACACCUGGACAACUCCAAUGUCCAACUGGCUGAAAUUCAAAAACAAAGGUCAGUUCUAACAGUGUACCAUUUCCCAAGUUAAUUCAUGGAGGGAGAGGAAUAUUGUCUGACACCGCUUCUGUAUCAUUGAAAGGGAACCGGAUAUUAAGAGGGGAGGCGUAGACAACAGCUUCUUCUCUCAGUUCAACACCUGCAGCAGAUAAUGGAGGACAAACUGGACCUGUGACUGAAAGUCCUGAUAACAGUGCUGCACUAGAUGAACAACAAAUAAACUGAGUCAGGUCUUAAA